GUUAGAGACUCGAGAUCUUCUCCUAACCGGAAACGGAAAGUGAAGCAAGCGUAUCCCAUCAUGCAAUGGAGAUCUUUGGCGCCCAUUUUGAAGAAAUACAUGUUUUAGUUGUACUCGAUCUCCCGCUAAAAUGCCCAAGAACGUUGAAAUCAAGGCUAAAAUCAGAGACUUGGACAGUAUCAGGGCGAAAGCUAAGGAACUCAGCGGCGAAGAUGGAACGCUGAUUGAGCAAGAAGAUACAUUCUUCAAGUCUCCAAAAGGCCGUUUAAAGUUGAGGAAGUUGAUAGAUCGCCCCUCUCAGUUGAUAUAUUAUGAGCGACCUGAUAAAGAUGGACCCAAGCUAUCAGAUUAUCACAUUGCCUGCACGGAGACACCGGAUGAUCUUAGGAUAGUGCUAGAACAUUCCUUAGGAAUUAAAGGAAUUGUAAAAAAGAGAAGAUAUCUUUACAUGGUGGGACAGACUAGGGUUCACAUUGACAGUGUUGAAGGACUUGGAGAUUUUAUGGAAUUAGAGGUUGUACUCGAAGAGAAUCAGACUGUGGAAUAUGGACAGCAAAUAGCUAAUGAUCUUCAAGAAAAGUUAGGUGUCCUGAAUGAAGACUUGUUAACUGGUGCAUAUAUGGACCUCAUUCUUGCUAAAGCCAAAGCAUGAAGACAUAAAAUAAUUACAGCAUCUUGUGAUUGUAGAUAAAUAAGUUAAUUGAAUAAUAGCAGGGACUGAUAAUAGUUAAGAUUAGUUAGGUGUAGACUAGUCUAUUUACAUAAAUUUCUUUUUAAUGCAUUGCCUUCAAAAUGUUCAAAUGCCAGUCUAAUGUAGUUUCUCUCUUCGUAAGAAAAAAAGGAAGUCUGUUGUUGUUGUUU